GGCAGUUCGAUUCUCAUGCCAUGUGAAGCUCGAAUCCAUACCCAGUAUUCUCUCUCUUCUUUCCUUUAUUCACCUCUGCAACCGCUAUUGGCAUUCUGUGCUACGACAGUACCGAGUUGGACUCUGCUCAGCCUGAAGUUUCUACCCUCCUCAAAUUCCGCACCCUGUGUUCGCCUGCGGGUGAUGAUCAGCCAUGGGGACACAUCUCCAUGCUAGUCCUGCGAAUGGACAUACCCCCCAACUGCAAUACGUUGACCUCGCCUUUGAUAGCAACGAUAUCGAGCAGUCUGCUUUCACGUUAGCCUACAGGAUCCAGCCCAAAUGGCGAGAGGGCCCGGGCAACAUGGAAAUCGUGAGGUUUACAGAGGGUAUCACAAACACUCUGCUCAAACUGGCGAAACACGUCCCAGGCCAAUCUCAGAGUCAAAUUGACCAAGACUCCAUCCUCCUGCGUGCCUAUGGUAACAAUACUGACAUCCUCAUCGACCGGGACCGUGAAGCGAAAACACAUGCUUUGUGCGCGGAGCGUGGGCUAGCGCCCCCUCUGUUGGCAAGAUUCAAGAAUGGCCUGCUCUACAGAUACAUCCCCGGUCAAGUCUGUACUCCUCAGGACCUCGUCCAGGAGCCAGUCUGGCGGGCUGUGGCUAGAAAAUUGGGAAAGUGGCAUGCGCAGUUACCGGUCAGUGAGUUGGAGGAUGCUCGCAAUGCGGUCAAUGGUCGUAAAGAGAAUGGCAUUACCACUGAGCUUCGUCAGCCCAACGGAGAUGUUGCUUCCAGAUUGCCCCAGCCCAAUAUUUGGUCAGUAAUGCAAAAGUGGAUUCAUGCUCUGCCGAACGACUCCCCAAAGCAAAAGGCCCGCAGAGAGUUGCUUCAGCAGGAACUAGAUCGAUCAAUCAAGGAUCUGCACACUGAACAAGGUCCAGGGAUGCAUGGACUCGUUCUCGGACACUGCGAUCUGCUGAGUGCCAAUGUUAUCAUGCUGCCCAAGGGCUCCAGUAGUGCCGCCAACGACGACCUCGAGGUGUUCAUCAUCGACUACGAGUAUGCAGUACCAUGCCCGGCAGCUUUCGACAUCGCCAACCAUUUCGCCGAAUGGGGCGGUUAUGAUUGUGAUUAUAACAUGUUGCCUACCAAAUCCAUCCGGCGUCAAUUCCUGCAAGAGUAUCUCGAAUCGUACAAAGCCCACAGCGACAACACUGUGUCAAACGACAUGCUUGACGUCUUGACUGCCGAAGUUGAUAGAUACCGCGGCAUGCCCGGCUUUUACUGGGGCGUCUGGGCUUUGAUCCAAGCUACGAUCUCGCAGAUCAAUUUUGAUUAUGCCUCGUAUGCAGAAGUUCGCCUUGGGGAAUAUUUUGGAUGGAGAGCAGAAGAAAGCGGCAGCCGAGCCACAGAAAAGGCCGAGAUGCCUCUUCGUGAGAGGAGAUGGGCAGAGCCUUGAUGAUCACGGGCUGGGAAUAGACAAGACUAUGGUCAAUUUCACAACGGGGAGAAUCUACCAUGCUGAAGAUCAAGAGAUCUUUUAAUAGGGGCAUAGCAUGGCAGCCCUAAUAAAAAAGGCAAACGAGCAAGAAUAACGGCAUUCUAUUCAAAAUAGUCAUCACAAUGCCAGCAUCAACUGCUUGGUAGACUCCAAUUUGGUCUAUC